AGAAACAGUCUAGUUGGUGGCGAGAGUCCGUACUCGGUGUGUCGUUCACCUCGCCUUCUUGUUGUUAAUUGAAUUUUUUUUUUGUCUCAUCUGAUUGAAUUGUUAGUGAUCGAGGGACAAUCGUGACGAAACAGUGCUGUGCGGUUUGUGGAUUGUGUUGUGAUACCUUGCAGACAGUGUCUGAUUAUCAUCGACUUUUUUCUUGUCUGCGAUCUGCGUUGAGGAUUAAUACGAAACAUCAGGAAAGGGAACCGUAUCCGCCACGCCGUUCAACAAGAGAAGGUGCAGAAAUCAACGUUAGUCGCUCUCAAAACGGAGAUGACAGCAUUUAUACAAAAUGACAUCUGCUGAUUUCAAUCUUAUUGUCCAGAUUGAUGGAGAGGCGGCCGUCCGCAAGGUUCACAAUGACGCUACCCCUUCCCCUGUCUUCCGAAACACUUCCCUGAUCCCCCCUGGCAAUUGAAAGGUAUGGAUGUUUCAUUUAACAAUGUGCUUGAAAGCACCAGGCAGUACUUCCAAGGGGUCCCGCCGGCGGCAGUGGGUACCGGAAAUACAGGGGGGCAGUACAAUUCGCUGGUCGGUAUCGCGGGCGGCGCGGGGCCGCCUGCGUCGUCGGCCGCAGCUGCAGCCUACUACCAACAGCAAGGUGCUCAUCAUUCCUACCAACCCUCGCAGCAGCAGUCUUCUUCGACGAAGCACCAAGGUUACCAACACCAAGAACCACUUAGGGUACCGAGCUUGGCUCCGUUUUCUUCGUUGAAUUAUCGAAAUUCGAACAGUGUUCCGGGUCCUGCUAUGCCUAAUACAAGUCCUCCACCUCAACGACAACAUCAGCCUUCUCUGAUGGACUACCCUGGUCAAUAUCAUCUCUUAAGGACACCUUCGCAAACACAGCAGCAGCAGCAGCAGCAGCAGGCUAUUCACCACCACCCACAUCAACCUGCACAACAGAUGUUAAUGCAUCCGGGUCAACACCAUCAGCAGCAGAAUCCUCCGCAUCCUCACCAGCAACAGCAAACACUCAUUUCUCAACAGCAACAUGAACAACAAAGACAUAUGCAGGAGCAGCAACGUCAACAAGAACACUCCCGUCAUCAUGAGCAGAGGCAAAUUCAGGAUCAACAGAGGCAGCAUCAAGAUCAACAGAAACACCAACAAGAGCAGCAGCGACAGCAAGAGGAACAACAGCGUCAUCAUCAAGAACUACAAAGGCACAAUCAAGAGCAACAGCUUCGACAACAACAUGAGGAGCAACAGAGGCUUCAUCUAGAAUUGCAGAGGCACAAUCAAGAACAACAGAGGCAACAUCAGCAGUUGCAAGAACAGCAGCGACAGCAGCAGCAGCAGCAGCAACAACAACAACUGCCACAACUAACUGCUCACCCUCCACGAGGUUCUCAACAUCAAGAGAUACCAAGGCCACCUUCCCAACAUCAACUUCAGCCACCCACUAAUGUUCAAAGCUUGCCUCAACAAAGGACCCCAACACCCAAUUUGCAGCAUCAACAAAUGAAACAUCCUCAGCACCAAUUGAAUGGAAAUGCUUCACCAGGUGUUGCCAGAAGUGCAAAUAGUACACCUGUUAAUUAUAUAGGUUAUAAUAAUUAUAACAACCACCACCAAUCCCAUCCACAAUCUAGUACUCCGAAUCCACAGCUGAAUCAGACUGAACAACAGGAACCUUCAAGGGAUCUUUCUACACCUCAGGGCUUUUAUCCUGGUCAUUCAUCAACACCGAUACCGCCCACUGCACAAACUCAACAUCAGCCAAGGCUGCAAACUGGAACAGUUCUCAAAAGAGAGUCUCCACUUGAUUUAUCAGUAAAAACUGUUCGACAGAGUGCAGACUCUACAGCAUCUGAUUCUGAACAAAUGAAUUAUUAUUACCAUUCACAGCAGCAAGAGUACAUGAGGAGUAAAUCCCUUUCUUCCUACCCGCCAACACCAGGUUAUAACCAUUCUCAGCAACAGCACCCUCAUCAAAAUCAACAUCAGACUUCUCAAGCGCAGUACCAUCAACAGUUACCCCCUGCCCAAACUAAAGUAGAUUACCACAACUCUUAUCCUCCCCAGAAACAACAUUCAUUAGCACAGUUACAUCAUAAUCAACACCCCUCCCAGCAGCCUCAACAGCCCCAGCAUCCCUCUCAACAAUUAGCUGAUCCAAAGAGAAGAAAGGAACAGCACCAGCAAGAUAUGCGCUAUUAUCAGGCUCUUCCAUCAAUGGGCAGUUUCGCUAAACAUUAUUAUCCUAUGGCACCGCAGAAUCCAGUCCAACAACCACCUCAGCAGUCAAGGCAUUCUUACCAGCCUACACCGCCAGAUCAACCACCUAAUUCCUCGAGGCAAUUUCAACCCCACAAUUAUUUAAAAAGGCCUCCACACGAAGAUAUAAAAGUUCCAAGCAGUUCCUCGGGUUCUCAGCAGAGCUCUGUGCCAGUGGCAAAGCAAGCAAGAGUUGAUACUUGGAGGGAAAGCAUAGAUCAACAAAUUGAAAAACGUUUCAGUUCCUAUUUGUCCUCCAAAGCAGUCAACGGCGAUGCCAAAAAAGGAACCUUUAUGGGACCACAAAAUCAAGGUGCAUACUAUCCCGAUCAGAAGCAUUCUAACGGCGGAGGUGCUGCAGAUAAAAGAGUGUUAAGCAUAUUAAGAAAUUCUCUUGAAACCAAAGAGGCCAGGAACCUGCAGCUGCAGCAACAACAGCUCCAUCACCAGCAAUUUCAACAUCAGCAGCAAAUGCAACAACAGAAAGCAAAAUACGGAGAAAAUAGGAGUAACAGCGUACUACAUCCUGGUUAUCAAGGAAGACACAAUCUGCCACCUUUUUGCGCUAUUACUACUGAUAGGUCAUCGACUUCUCCUCAGACUUCUCCAUACAUUCAUCACUUUCCUUCCAUGCCUCCUGGUUACAAUGCAGCAUCUAGUAGUAAAUCUUUGUACGGCCAAUCUCAGAAAAUCCCGACAAACCAAGAUGUCGUUGACAUAACGGGAGAAGAUGAAGAAGCUUUACAACAAAGUGGACAUCAUCUAGGUACCAAUAUCAAAGGAGAAUAUGAUGGUUUAGCCGCAUUCCUUGCUGCAAGGAUAAGGACAAAAGCAGAACUCAAACAGCAAGUAACUGGCCCAAACGGUACUGAUAGACCUAUCACACCAGGUUCGAGUUCUUCUGGCCGAACAUCACCUCACAGGAGCAUUCCAGGUUUCCAAUCCCCUACUCAAAAGGAUCUAGUCAGAAGUAGUAGUAUGGCAGAUCUGUUAAGUAAUACUGCCAAGUCUCAGUGGACCUUUAAUUCUCAAAAAUUAUCCAAGGAACAAGCACUUAUCGCCAAUCUUCCUAGAAAAAGAGUAUUUAAAACUGAGGAAGACCAGAGUGGUAUUCAAGCGUUAGAAAAUGCCUCAGUUAUACACCCUCCAGGAUUUCAUAUCCCAUCCAGGGAGAGCGGGCUCAGGAGUAGUUCGGAGGCUUCAGUUUUUGAUUUUCGGGACUCAGAUUCUGAAAGUGAUAUGCCUGUUUUAGAAAGGCAAACUCUUAAUGAAAUGAGGAGGAAGAAAGAAGGAGAUCAGGUCGACGAGGAGGAAGAAUACAAAAUUUGGCUGUCACGAUGUGACGAACUAGUGCUUCAACUAAACAUGGGUAAAGCGUUUAGAAGAAGGCACAAAAAGAAACUUAGGGAUAAUAUCCCAUUUGUCUGUGAUAUUAAGAAAGAGCCUGGUACAGAACAAUCUCUUUCUGAAGUAGAACCUUUAAAACAGGAAAAUGAAAUAAAUGAGAACAGGGUAAAAAAAGAAGCGAGAGAAGACGAGACAAACGGUCAAGCUGGUCCUGAAUGUGAGGGCCAACAUAUAUCUGAGCACUCUAAACCGGUUACCAAGAAGAUUAAAGGUUCACCAAAGAAGGUAAAUACAAUGGCUAAGAAGAAGACCAAGAAGCCGGUGUUUGGCGAUGGCUCCGAUUUCGCUCCCGGUUGGGAGGAAGAACUUUAUAGAUUUAAGAAAUCCUUAAGGAUACCUUCUUGUCUUAUAUCUAUUACGAGACCGCCUGGCUGGCCCAAGGGAUCUCUCAGUCUACCAGACCUCGAGAUGUUCCCAGAUUCACCGAAUACUGACUCUUUAGAUACUUUUCCAAAUAAAUCGACUCAAAAAGUCGAACCUUCAAAUGAAAAAGAUAUUAAAGAUGAUAAAAAAGCUAUUGCGAAAACCCUUGGAGAAGAGAAGUCUUUUCUCGAUCGCCUUAUGCAGAGGUAUUGUGCUCGAAGAGCGAGGCCUCUAAAGAAACUCGUGAACAAGGUGAACGAUGUUAAAGAAAAAGUCGAAACUGAACUCCUUCCUACACCAGGCCUGGAGAACAAUCCGGCCGGCGUUGCUGGAGCUUAUCUUGGCUUCAGGAAAGAAACUUUGGCUGAAUACAGAGCAGAAUUUCUCAAAACUGGAGAAUAUCGGGCUGAAGUCGACAUUCCUCCUAUUGUUCUUGAAUCUAGGACUAGAACGGAGAGCAAAGAGUACAGACGGAGUCUCACUGUAAAGGAGGUGUUUGGCGCCGAGAGACCCGCUUCUGCUCCACCUCCAGGUGUUACAAGAGAAGACCUCAGGCGAAGGCAAAGAAUAAGAAGGAAAGCUCAUCCUGACAAAAGGAAAAAGAUGCUGCCAAAGCACAAGUCUGAACAAUUUAAGGCAGUACCUGGUGCAAAAUCCGCCGAUGGCAAAAAGAUAAAACACAAAGUCAAAAUGUUUAGGAGGAAAUUGAAAAGCUCGGGUUUUGAUUACAUCAGAAAAAAGAAAAAAGCCACUGUACCUAAGAAAGAAGGGGAACAUCCUCCUCGUGAGCGGAAGAAGAAAAACCCACCAAUGACAGAACAAGAAAUUCAAUCAGAAAUUAAAGGCUGGGUUCUCAAUAAAGGACUCGGCGAAACUCUUCUGCACAGAGCUUCCAGACUUGGCAACGUGGAAACAGUCCGUUACUGCCUCGAUAAACUUAAUCACAACCCAGCUCCUCGUGACAACGCAGGGUACACACCACUUCAUGAAGCCUGUUCAAGAGGUCACCUUCAGAUUGUCAAUUUACUGCUUACUUAUGGGGCUGAUGUUAGCGACAGUGCUUUGGGAGGAGUAAGACCCCUCCAUGAAGCUGCUGAAAAUAAUUGUACAAAAGUAGUUAAACUACUGUUAGACCAUGGUGCUGACCCUCUAUUGGCAACAUACUCGGGCAAUACUGCUUUAUCUCUCGCUACUGAUGAAGAAGCGAGACAGCUGAUGGAACUACACAUAGCGAAUUGUAAUACUCCACCGCCAUCAGUACAAAUUAAAUCAGAAGAUUGCUCACCGAGCGGAAGUCAGGUGAGUGAGAAAGUACAACUAGAUGCAGACUCUUCACGAGAUGGAAUCGACGGCUUUGAAGUAGAAGAAUCCGAAGUGCUUCUCCCAAAUCUGUACAGGCUGGCCAACGAGUCCCGAUCUGAGUCUUGGGUCCUUUUCCAUGAGCUCGCUCCUCUCCUUAAAGUGAAAACAAAAGAGGCCCUUUUGAAACAGCUUGGCCAAUCGUCCGGGCAGGUCCUGCGGGAUUUGAAACUGUCCGAAUUUUUCGCCAAAGCACAUUGCCGCACCAUUAAAGCUUCAGUGACUGGGCCCGGCCCUAAAUUGCCCAGGGUCACACUUGUUAAAUAUACUGAUACGGUUAAGUUCCUUCUCGGUGUUGAGAUAUCAGUUGUACCAAGGUGACCAUGAUACUUGGAUUUAUUUACUGAAACCAAGACUAGUAGGCUUAAACGUAAGCAAGGCUAAAUUUCAUGUUUGGUCCAGUACAGUGUUAUUUUAAAAAAUUUAACCCACAGUUACUUUUUAAAUCAAUUAUUUAUUUAUUUAUUGCUCUUGUUAAUUUUUUUCUGUUCUUUAUUUAUUUGUUAAAUAUUAUGUUACAUUUUAUGUAGAAAUACCUAUUUAGAAAUGAUUGGGCAACGAAAUAUUACAUAUAUAAAGCUGGAAUCAAACUGGAAUUUUUUUUUAAUAAAUUGAAAUAGCAAUUUUAUUACUAGAAAAACAACUAGCCUUUGGUGGUUUUUAGCCUAGUAGUGAGGCCUAAAGAGUCCUCUAGUUUUUGUUGUAAAUAAUUUUUACAAAAAAAAAAUAUAUAUAAAUAUAAAUCUUUAUUCAUAAAAAAAGAAAACUAAAAAAAAAACCUAGUGGUGCUUUCUAUGUGUGAACACUCAAAUAAUAUUUUAGUCUCCACGAAAUCCCUCCUUGAUCCAAAUAAAAGUUGUGCUUCCCCUCAAUGUUAUAUAUAUCUAUAUUUUUUGUAUAUAGUGUAAGUGUUGCAUAUGGGAUUAAUUAAGAAUUAUUAUUAAAAAAGAAAAACCUAGCUGCAAUUUUAUUUUUAUUAGAAUACCUCAUUAGUGCAAUGUUCAAUGAACCUUAGCUAAAUAGUAGCUUCUAAGGACAAGACAGUUUACUAUUUUCCUUCGUACUUUAGUAAUAACAUUAUGAAGUUUCUACUUCAAUUUGUAUGUUAUAUUAAGGAAAAAUUAAAUAUGUUCUUUGUUGUUUUCUUUUUUACAUUUAAAUAAUUUCUAAGGUAGUUGUUGAAAUUAUUUUGGCAUAUUUUUACGUUGAUUCCUUUGACGUCGAUUUUAAAUAAAUUGUAUUAUAUUUUGCUUCAUUUUAUUAUUACCUUUCGUAACAUUAAAAUUUAAAAAAAAAAAUUAAAACAAGUAAAUGAAAUGGAUGUAUUUCUUAUGUAGUUUAUACGACUAGAUAAUAUUUCCAGCAAAAGUAACUGUGAUGGAAUUUUUUCAAUGCUGUACAUAUAAAGCCAUUUGUGUAUAGUUGUUGGGAAAAAUUAUAAUAAAUGUGCAAUUUAUAUUAUUUAUAAAUAUAGAAAAUGAAUUUAUAAUGCGUAUAUUGGUAUUGAGAGAAAAAAAAAUAUUCGGGAAAGAGCUAUUUAAGAACAAACAGGAAUUUAAAAAAAAAUUUCUUUUCAUUUUGUAAAAAUAAAUUUCUAAUGUGAUGUAAUUGGUUAAGAAAAA